AUUGCUGUCUCUUUUGGAUCAGAUUUCUGGGUCCAGUUCGGAACCUUCCUGGGCUACCCUUUCAUCUCUUUUGGGUCUCAAAAGUUCAAGGAGAUUUGGGUUCUGUCUUGGGUUUCUGGAUGGGCUCCCUUUUGCAUUGCAUGAGCUUCACCCUUUUUCCAUGUAAUCCAGGACUAGGCGAGGAUUCGUAGGAAUUUCAUCACAAAGAAUACAUACUAAGGUUAUUUGUGUGCAAAAAAAACAAACAAGAAGAAGAUCUGUUUGAAAUGUUUCAUAAUGCUUUCUACUUAUCCUUUUGCAAGAAUGUAAAGAGAUUUCUUUGCUAAUGGAUAAUUCAGUUACGAAAAUACUAUUCGAAAAAGUUUUUUAGCAUUUUCCGUGUUUGAAAGAGAGAAAAUGCAAAAGUGAAUGUAAAAAAUUUUCGGCGCCAGGUACCGAUGCGAUGGUGUGAUUUUGAUCUCCGUGAACACUGCAGCGCAUGCCCCACGGUGUUCUCCUCUUUCAUGCAUACAAGCUCAACCUUGUGCUUCGCAACCCACCACAAGCCACCCGCCAAAAGAUUCAUGCCUGCAAUGUCUGUUGCGACCUGGUUGAUGGGCUGAGCUAUGCGACUCUGAUGUGCAUGCACCCUAUUUGCACCAAAUUGCCCGAACAUGUCAGGCACGUGAUGCAUCUGAAUCACCUCUUGAAGGUGCGGUCAUUUCACCCUGGUUGGUGCCUGGUUUGCAAAGCUAUGUGCACGUCCUGCCGUUAUAGAUGUGAACUUUGCUGCUUUGAUCUUCGCCUUGAUUGUGUUUUACCUUCUGAUACGCCAACGCCUAGAUUCCUGCCACCAGAAGCCCCGCCACCAAGGGCACCUUGUUUUUCUUGUGCUCCUGUGGCUCUUCCUCGACCACCUUAUGCUUAUGGGCUUCCUUUUAUACGUCCUUAUUUUGUUCCUUAUGCUUCUAGGAUCUUUCCUACUAACUCUAGCAGUCAGGUUCAGGGUGAUAGGAACAAGAAAAGCUUGAUUGUUUUUGGAGAAUAAUGGAAUCUCUCCUGGAAUGAUUCCUAAAUAUUCCACCAAUAUAUGUUUCUUCAAACAUCAAACUCAGGACAAAGGAAUAUAAAAAAGAAUUGUCCCCUGCAA